AUGUCUCAAUCCCACCGGUUCCCUGGGACUUCGUCUCCCCCUGUACAUUCGACUCGCUCGUCGUUUACUAUCCUUGAACCUUCCGACCUCGGCCUGAAUGCAGAUGCCCCUUUCCCGACGAACGCGAUUGCUUCAACAAGCUCAACAUCCAUCGAGCAAGUUGCAUCCCGAGAAGAAGAGGACUUCGAACACUAUGGCGGCGACGACAUUCAUGAGCCCUCUCCGAAGACGGGUACCAACACCUUCCCGCCAGCACCAACACUCGACGCGAACAUGGUGACCUGGGACGGUCCCGACGAUCCUACGAAUCCUCAGAAUUGGUCCAUUCGAUACAAGUGGCUGAUUACAGCUGUGUGUAUUAUCAUGACGGUUAAUGUCACAUUCGCCUCGUCCGCUCCCUCCUCGGCCUCUUUCCGGAUAAUGAGAGAAUUCGAUACAAGUAGAGAGGUGUCAUAUCUGAUAACGACCGUUUUCUUAUUGGGAUAUGUAUUCGGGCCGCUAUUUUGGGGCCCUGGUAGUGAACUUAUCGGAAGGAGACCUAUCUUCAUCUUUACGAUGAUUAUGUACACUCUUUUUCACUUGGGACAAGCCCUUGCACACAACAUUGAAACCCUCCUUGUGACGCGUUUCCUUUCCGGCUUCUUUGCCGUCGCCCCUUUGACGAACUGCGGUGGUGUCAUCGCGGAUAUCUGGCCAGCCGUUGGUCGCGGUCCCGCAACCAGUCUCUUCACGGCUAGCGUAUUUCUUGGACCUGUUAUGGGUCCCAUCGUGGCUGGCUACAUUGUCGACAGCCCUGCUUCGUGGCGAUGGGUCUUCUGGGUGAUGAUGAUGUUUGCUGGUGCCUGUACCCUCAUCGUUAUUCCACUCAUUCCGGAGACAUACGCACCCGUCAUCCUCCUCAAGAAAGUCAAGAAAAUGAGGAAGGAAAAUCCCGUCGAAAGCAAGAACAUGUACGCUGAGCACGAGAAGCAGGAUUGGUCAAUGAAGGGUGUCAUCAACCGCACCUUGUUCCGCCCGUUCAAGAUGCUUGCACUAGAACCCAUUCUCGUUCUUGUCACUAUUUACCUUUCCGUCGUCUAUGGCCUCCUCUAUGCUCUCUUCCAAGCCUUCCCCAUCAUCUUUGUCGAAAAGCGUGGUUUCACGAUUGCUGAAGAUGGCCUCAUGUUCAUUGGCGUUGGCAUUGGCACAACCAUUGGCUCCCUCAUCAACGUUUGGACAACCGCACACUACCCCGAGCUCAUCAAGAAGUGGAAGGGGUUCCCGCCCGCAGAAGACCGCCUCUAUGGCGCGAUGAUUGGCAGCCCCGUCCUAGUCAUUGGUAUCUUCUGGCUCGGGUGGACGGGCCAGUACCCCAGCAUCCCGUGGUACGUCCCGGGCAUCAGCACCAUCUUGGUCGGCACCGGAAUCAGUCUCAUCUUCAUGUCGUUCUUGAGCUACCUCGUUGAUACAUAUCUCAUGUACAGCGCUUCCGCGUUCGCCGCCAAUACGGUCAUUCGCUCUGCAGUUGCUGCCUCCUUCCCCUUGUUCACGGUUCAGAUGUUCACAAACCUUGGAGUCAAUUGGGCGUGCACGCUUAUUGGCCUCGUUGCUCUCCUUUUUGUCCCCUGUCCUUUCCUGUUCUACAAAUUCGGACCUCGGAUACGAUCGCACAGCAAGUUCGCACCUUGCAUCGAUUUGAAAAUUGCCGAAAAGCUGAAAGAAGAGGAGGCUGCUCUUGCCGAGAAGCAACCUGGCUCCUCGAGCGCUUGA